AUGGAUCCCCAUCAGAAACUUGGGUCCAUUGAGGGUAAGGAUUUUUCAGAUGUUCAUCGAUAUAGAAGAUUAGUUGGCAAACUCAUUUACCUUACAGUCACUCGUCCGGAUAUAUCCUUUGUUGUAGGGGUUAUUAGUCAAUUUAUGCAGUGUCCAAAGAAAAUUCAUUGGGAUGUUGCUUGCCAUAUAUUGCGCUAUCUGAAGAGUGCUACUAGUAAAGGUCUAAUUUAUCGACCUAAUCAGAAUGCUAAUCUUGUUGGGUUUUCUGAUGCUGAUUGGGUAGGUGCUGAUGGUGAUAGGAGUUCUACUACUGGCUUUUCUACCUUCGUGGGUGGUAAUUUGGUCACAUGGAAAAGCAAGAAACAAACAACUGUUGCUCGAUCAAGUGCUGAAGCUAAAUAUCGAGCAAUGGCACAUACUACAGCUGAAUUGAUGUGGCCUAAGCAAAUGUUUUGUGAAAAGCAAGCUGCCAUCUAUAUUGCAAAUAAUCCUGUAUUUCAUGAAAGGACCAAGCACAUUGAGGUUGAUUGUCACUUUGUUCGGGAUGCUGUUAUGAAGAAGUUAAUUGCUACUCCGUUUGUCUCUACUACCAAUCAACUUGGUGACAUGUUUACAAAGGCUCUAUUUGGACCUGUUUUCGUCGAAGUUGUACCAAGCUGA